AUGUCUCAUUCUGCAUCUACAGAUGUCCUCGUCCAGCGACUUGAACAGCUCAGAACUGCAGAUAUUCAGUGUCGGAAGACAUGGUUAUUGAAUCGCAAGCUGCGCCAUCUCCAGGGCAUCUCCGUGCGCAACCUCAUCGUCAACUUCCCGGGCAGUACUCAUACCCAUCCGCGGCCCCGUGGCAAGACCAUAGAUGACGACAAUGUCCCCAACGCACUCCAGACACCCGCAAAGCUUCUCUCGAAGCUUGAACCCAGACCUCCCAUCCACCAGUCGCGCUCGUUCACAGACCUCAAGCGCGGUGAUCAGUCACCCGAUGGGUCCAAUAUCGAAGAAGAACGGAAACCAGAUCCUCCGAUAAGCCGCAGGAGAAGUACAUUGCCAUGGGCCGGUGCCAGUCCGUUCAUUCGGCAGCACAAGCUGGAGGCCAUUGCGGGUAAUAGGAUGGCGGAUUCCUUCUUUUCACUGCACUGCACCGGCAUCGACGAACCCAUCUACGUGAGUGAGGUUGUGGAGAAGACCGUGAAUCCGAGCUUCAAGUACUUUGAUCUGAACGCUUGUGGACCACUGGUGUCACGGCAGGACCAGGUGACGUGCAGGUUUUGGGUGAAGAUGGGGAAUAUGACGGAGUAUAUAUUGCUGCUGAGGCUAGAAGUUAAUCUACGCUCCUUGCAGUAUAUUGGGAAUUCGUUGGAGAAUUUCCAUCAUCCACUGCCUGCAAAUUGUGUUAUGUUUCACUUUCCGGAUGGGGUUUAUACGAAUUUGAUGGAUAUACCGCCCGUACAGCGGUUGCCGUCAUUUCCUCUUAUUCCUACUACUAAGUCCAAUGACGAUAAUCAACAACUUACAUCCUCCUUUGAUGCGCUGAUGCGCCUCGCCAAUCUUGACGAUUGCAUACAGGAUGCGCUCGCGACACGGGAAAAACUCGAAGUCCAAAUCAACGGUAUACUUGAGAAGAAGCUGAAGGAUCUGAACACGUUAAAUCGCAAAUCUCAAGCAGCAGAAAAGCUCUCAGCUGUAAAAAAAGCAACAGCCUCCACAAAGAAACAGCUACGCCAGAGUGCGAAACGCAAAGAAGAAAUCCUAGCUAGUCUCUUAGCGAGGAGAAACGCUAUGGCUCGCAGCCGCUUAUCGCAAGAAAAGAUACAAUCCUAUCUCUCCGAAGCACACUUAACAAUGUCCUCGAGCGAAAAUGUUCUCAAGAUCACAACAGAGGAGACAAUGGGCCAAAUACGGCGUAUCUGCGAGGACCUGCAGGCUAUAUACCCCAUCGAACCAGUGCCAGAGGAAGCACUCUCCUUCACUAUCUGCGGCCGGCCACUCCCCAACUCCACCUUCGAAGACAUGGACAAGGAAUCCGUCGCGGCCGCGCUGGGGUAUACAGCGCACCUUAUCUACCUGCUCUCCUUCUAUCUCUCCGUCCCCCUCCCAUACCCGGUCAAACCCUACCUAUCGCAAUCGUUCAUCCAGGACCCGAUCUCCGCAGGCCUCGCACAGCGACAGCGCACGUUCCCACUCUACCCUGUAAACACGCACUAUCGCUUUGAGUACGGUGUCUUCCUGCUGAACAAGAAUAUCGAGUAUUUGAUGAACAGGAUGGGGUUAAGGGUUAUUGAUGUUAGACAUACGUUGCCGAAUUUGAAGUAUUUGUUGUAUGUGUUAACGGCCGGGAAGGGUGAGGUGAUUGCAGGGCGGGUGGGGGGCGUGGUGCGGGGGCUUUUGCUGGGCGGGAGGGGUGGAAGUUUGAUUGCGUCACCUAAUUUGUCGAGAACGGGGAGUGAGGAUAGUGGGUUUUCUGGGACUGGGGCUGGAGCUGGAGUUGGGCUUGGGGCUGGGGCGAGGAGGAUGCAGGAAAACGUUAUUCUGAAGGAGAAUGGGGGGUUUUGUUGGGAUGGAUCGGCAGCUUCCGGGGGGGUUUGGGUGGCGGGGAUAGAGAGGGCAGAACAGUAA